UGCUCAACCGUCUGCCGCAGUAGAAUUGUGUUUAUUUUAAGAAGUCGACGUCGUUUCCUAUAAAUGGUUAUUUCGCUGGUCCAUUGACAGUGGUAGUGUUGUGCUCGUGUUGCUGCGUGCGCCCGCUCUUUUGCACCUUUGUGCGCCGCACCGCCCCCUACCCACCGCACCGCCGCCCGCGUGACAGUCGCGUUUGUGCGUGUGUGUUAUUGGCGCUCGCGCCCGAUAGAUAGGAAGCACCUCUACAUCCCGUCGCGGCGUACGGAGUUUACGGUCCGGGUUUCGAAUUUUUUUGUUUUUCUCCACUCGAAUUUUCCGCCGCCAAAAUGCCGGUGUUCCACACGAAAACCAUCGAGAGCAUAUUGGAGCCCGUCGCCCAACAGGUAUCUAGAUUGGUUAUUUUACAUGAAGACGCUGAAGAUGGAAGUGCAAUGCCAGAUUUGGAAAAGCCGGUUCAAGCUGUUAGCCGUGCAGUUAUGAACCUUAUCAAAGUGGGGAAAGAAACUAUAAACAGUAGUGAUGAUCCAAUACUUAAACAAGAUCUUCCUUCAGCCCUUUAUCGAGUUGAAGGGGCAUCCCGUUUACUUGAAGAAGCUUCAGCUAUGCUAAAACAAGAUCCCUAUAGUGGGCCAGCUCGAAGAAAACUGAUAGAAGGAUCUAGAGGAAUUUUGCAAGGAACAUCAUCUUUGUUGUUAUGUUUUGAUGAAUCUGAAGUCAGAAAAAUCAUUAGAGAAUGUAAAAAAGUUUUGGAUUAUUUAGCUGUAGCCGAAGUUAUUGAAAGUAUGGAAGACUUAGUGCAGUUUCUUAAGGAUUUAAGUCCAUGUCUAAGUAAAGUUUCUCGAGAAGUAGGUGCUCGUGAAAAAGAACUUACUCAUCAAGUUCAUCGUGAUAUACUUAUUCGUUGUCUUGAUCAAGUGAAGACGUUAGCUCCAAUACUUAUAUGUAGCAUGAAGAUUUAUAUUCAUAUUCUUUCAGAAGGAGGUAAGGGUGCUGCUGAAGCAGCUGAGAAUAGAGAUUAUCUCACUAGCCGAAUGACUGGAGAGUUAUUAGAAAUAAUAAGAGUAUUACAGCUGACCACUUAUGAUGAAGAUGAAUGGGAAGCUGAUAACAUAACUGUAAUGAGAAAAGCUCUUAAUGUAAUUGAAGGUAAAGUCCAUACAGCCCACGAUUGGUUACAAGAACCAUUAUCAAUGCCUGGGGGUCUAGGUGAAAAGUCUAUUCGCCAUUUACUUGAACAAGCUCAUUUAAUAUCAGAACGCUGUUCACCUAAAGUUCGAGAGCCAAUACAGAAAUUGUGUUCUGAAAUCAACACCAUGACUGAUGCUCUUUGCGAACUAAGACAUGACGGAAAAGGCGCUACUGCUCAAGCAGAAAGUUUAUCUCGUAGCAUUGACGAAAGAAUUGGAGAGUUAGUGAAAUUAGUUACACGAGCAGUUAAUGACACAGAGAAAAGUGGAGUUACUGCUAAAGGACAGCAAGUGGCUCAUACACUUGGCGGACAAUUGGAUCAAGCUAGACAAUGGUUGUUACAUCCAGAAAGAAAUGAUAAUGGCUUGGGGCAAAGAGCCAUUUCGUUGAUAAUUGAUGAAGCACAUAGGGUGGCUGAUGGACUUCCUGGUGUUCAAAGAGCAGAAAUAUUAAAUCUCUGUGAUGAGGUUGAUACCUUAUCUCGACAAUUAAAUGAUUUAUGUCGUCGUGGUGAAGGUAACUCUCCUCAAGCGCAACAAAUAGCCAGAAAGUUAUCUCAUAAGUUAGAUGAAUUGAAAAAAAUGAUACAAGAUGCAGUUGUCAGUCGUGUUGUUGAAGAUUUUGUUGACAUAAAUACACCUUUAAAACAAUUUACAGACGCAGUGCAUGUACCAAAAGGAACUCCUGGUAGAGAGGCAAACUUUGCUGAUCGAGCAACUAGAUUAUCUGACUGGUCAAAACGUGCAGGUCGAACUGGACGACUUGUGGCUGCAAUUGGUAGUGGUGGAAAAAAGUUGUCUGAAGCUCUAAAUCAAGCUGCCACACAGCUUGAAUCUCUCGGACCUCAGUUGAUAAAUGGUGGACAAAUCCGAUCACAAUACUCUGAUAAUAAAGUAGCUGGAGAGCAUUUUGAUAAUUUGUGUUCUCAGUAUGCUGAUACAGCAACACACAUAAGAAAUCUUUGUGAUGAGGCUACAGAUUCAGCAACUUUUAUUCGACUAUCUGAGGACCAAAUGCGUAAACAUGCAAAACUGUGUGAGGAUGCUAUUGCCAGACAUGAUCCCAAUAAGAUGGUAGAACAUACAACAGCUAUUGCUCGUCUAGGAAACAGAGUAUAUCAAGUUGCUAAGCAAGAGGCUGACAAUUCUGAAGAUCCUGUGUUUCAUGCAACAUUAAAUAGAGCAGCAGAUAUCUUACAAGCUGCUGUGGCUAGAAUGGUUCAAGAUGCUAAGCCAGUAGCAUUAAAUACCAAUAACGAUCAAGCUAUUAAACGUUGGAGAGAAUCUAACAAUGUGUUGUUGGAUGCAGUGCGUGGUGUGCGUGGUGCUAUCUCUGUUGUACCAGACCUGUAUGAAUUGUCUAUUGAGCCCGAAAUAGCUCCACCUCGUCCACCAUUGCCUGGUGAACAAGCACCUCCACCAAGACCACCGUUACCUGCUGAAACCGAUGAUGAAGAUGAAAUGUUCAAGCAUGCACCGUUACCUAAUCAACCUAUUAUGGCUGCUGCUCAUGGGCUUCAUCAAGAAGUGAGACAGUGGUCAAGUAAAGAUAACAAGAUUAUUGCUGCUGCAAAGAAAAUGGCACUUUUGAUGGGCAGGUUAUCUCAAUUGGUUCGUGGACAAACUGGUACCAAACGUGAUCUUAUUGCUUGUGCUAAAGCAAUUGCCGAAGCUUCUGAGGAAGUGACACGUUUAGCUAAAGAAUUGGCUAGAGAGUGUACUGAUAAAAGAAUGAGAACUAACUUGCUGCAAGUGUGUGAACGUAUACCAACCAUUGGUACUCAAUUAAAGAUCUUAUCCACAGUCAAAGCAACUAUGUUGGGAGCUCAUGGUUCAGAAGAAGAUCAAGAAGCUACUGACAUGUUGGUGGGUAAUGCUCAAAACUUGAUGCAGUCUGUUAAAGAAACCGUACGAGCAGCCGAAGCGGCUUCAAUUAAAAUAAGAACUGACACUGGUAUACGGUUAUGUUGGGUCAGACGUCAACCAUGGUAUCAUUAUUAAUAACUUCCGCGUGCCUUCAAUACCAUGGCCAUAAUUAGGUGUUCAAUAUUAUUUAAGUAUUUAUAAGCUAUAACAAAGUAAUUAGUAUAAAUCACUUUGGGCACAAUGUAUGAUAGGUUGUAGUCUCUGGCUCAUUGGCAGUACUAUAAUUCAUUUACAUUAAAAAAAGUCUUUGAAUUUGUGGUUUAGAAGUAAAUAAAUAAAAUAAAUAAUACAAAUUUGGAAAAUUUAUUUUCUAUGUUUUGGCAAUUAAAUCAUUCCAAUGGGUCGACAUGUGCCUUAUAUUUAUAUUGAUUUGCGGUGCUUAGAGUUGUAUUUAAUAUUAAACACACUUAUUUGGUUUAAGAGUGUUAAA